AUGCCUCACCCAAAUUCCAAGUCUCGUAUUGCAUCUAGCAAACCACAUACCAAAACAGGUACUUUUGAAUUCAAUCCCAGGAUUUCUGGACAAUUAGGAAUUAUUAAAAUAACAGAUAAAGAUUUUCAAAAUCAUGCUCUAAAAGCUAUAAAAUGGCAUCAAGAAGCAGAUAAAAAAAUAAAAUCUGCUUUUUAUACUGCCUGUGAACAGCUUCAACAAGAAGCCAAAAAAAUGAAAACUCUUAAUGAAAUGUGA